AUGCCAGGAGUUCCAUCCAGUCGAGGCUGCGACUCUUGUCGCCAGCAAAAGAAAAAGUGUGAUUUAAAACAGCCAGUCUGCACCCGCUGCACCCGCCUCCACCUGAAAUGCGUAGGUUCCGGUCAGCAACGCUACAAAUUCAAGGAACAACCCUUGAGCCCAGCGUCGCAACACGACCAAUAUCCGGCUCCCGGCCACAUGUUCCCGGCCGGGUCUCCAGCGCGAUCACCAAGUAAUGAGUCUACGAUGGUAGCGCAGGCCUUUGUGUCGGCAUUACAAGUAACGGAUCUUCGCUACAACCUCAGCACUUACGGGACCUUUCUCUAUGAUAUUCCACGGCGUCUAGGGAGCAAUGCUGUUUUAGAUGCCGCUGCCAAUGUUAUGGGUAGUGCGUUUCCGUUUUUGCAUGCCAGGCAAUAUCCCCCUCAUGUGCUUGUGCGCUAUGGACGGGCUCUGCGAACGCUGAGGACUUGUUUGGAUGAUCCGGUUGAAGCGCCAACGCCUAAUACUCUGUGUGCAAUUUACUUGAUUAUUAUAUGCCAGGGCUGGCUUGGAAAGGCCGAUGGCAACUGCCCGAGUCACGGACAAGCCAUUGCGCAUCUGCUCAGGGCUGCCGUCUUGCGGGAGUGGACAAGCACCUUCGAGGCAGAUAUGGUGUUAACAUUAUGUUUACCCGUGAUUCUAGAAAGUAUCGCCAACCCCAGUCUCAGAUUCGAUCCGACAUUUUGGGACAAUGCAAUGGCUUUUACACGGCGCAGCUCUAUGGCUCGCGAGUCCAGUACCGGACAGUCAACAAUUGGGCUACGCCGACUAGCAAAAAUCCCAGAUUUCCUGCGGUUCCCAGACCCGCAUCUCCACGAGAUCACAGCAACCUACCAGCGUAUGCGCGACCAGUCCUACAGAAUGCGUCACCAGCUAGCCCAAUGGUCUCGAGUAGCUCCAUCCUCUUCAAUGGAAUACGCCCGCUACCGCGCAGCAUACUGCAUCCUAGUUGCACUGGCCGUCACUCUGAACUCGAUCCUGGGCGCCUUCGAUCCCAGCAACAGCGCGCUGGCGGGCGAGGCCGCCUUCUUCUGUGAGGAGAUUGCCACUACCGCCGAACUGGCCUCGUGCCAUCGCCCGCUCGGUGCUGGCUAUGCGUCGCUGUGUCUGGUGGCUGCGUGGGCGGCCGUGCUGGACCCGCGGCAGUUGGCCCGCAUCGAGGGUAUUCUGCUCGAGUACCAGACUGAUUUUCCCGAGGUGCAGUGGUUUGAUCGGGCUGUUUGGCUGAGGACUACGUUUGCCAAUCUGCGUCAGAGAGUCGCGGAGAGAGCUAGUGUGAGCGAUUUUGAACACAGCAGGCUUUUUGCGGCGAAUGAGGCUUGUGUGGUCUUGUAA